CACUGGUCGGCGCCAAUGACGCUGCCAACGCCAAACGAAGUCGAGAACAUGACCGACUUAGCCAGUGCCUCCUUUGGGUCUCGCAUACUAUUCGCAACCGACGAAUGGUUCGCGCCCGCGAGUCAGCUGCUGGUUCCCGAUCCUCCGGUCUUCAUCGCCGACAAAUUCACCGACUUUGGUAAAUGGAUGGACGGAUGGGAGACACGACGCAAGCGUAUUCCUGGCCACGACUGGUGCGUGUUGGCGCUGGGCCUGCGCGGCGCCGUGGACAUCGUGGACGUGGAUACCGCCUUCUUCACGGGCAACAACGCGCCGCGUGUGUCCAUCCAGGCGGCCGACUUCUCUCAGAGCAGCGACGCACUAAAGAUCCUCACAGCCAAAGCCGUAGACGAUCGCGCUAUGGGCGUGUGCGCCACACACGAAGAAUACAAGCUGGUGGAGCAGCUUCAGUCCGACAAGUGGACGGAGAUUGUGCCGCCCACGAAGCUCGGACCUGGAUAUGCGGAUACCCGCCACAACUUACUCCGAGUGCCGCCGUCCAAGAGAGGUCCGUGGACGCACCUCCGAGUCAAUAUGUUCCCAGACGGAGGCAUCGCACGCCUGCGUGUGUAUGGAGAGGUUGAGAUGGACUGGACGCGCGUGUCGAGCUCCAAGAUGAUGGAUCUUGUGAGCGUUGCGCAUGGAGGGAAGGUUGUUGGCUUUAAUGACGCUCAUUAUGGCCAUCCGCGCAAUUUGAUGGCCCCAGGACGCAGCAAGACGAUGGCAGACGGCUGGGAGACAGCCCGCAAGCCCACGCGUCCUUCCGUUUUGAAGGCAGACCCGGCAACUGGACUGCUGGAAGUACCCGGCAAGGACUGGGUGGUGCUCAAACUCGGGCAUCUAGGAGUGAUCCAACAAGUUGAAGUGGACACGAACCAUUUCAAAGGCAACUUCCCCGAGAGUUGUGUGAUUUACGGUACUCGAUUCCAUGGUAGUGAGGAUAAACUACUGAAAGAUGGGGAUGUCAAGUGGGAGAUCGUGUUACCCCGUGUGAAACUACAAGCUCACAAGCAACAGCACUUUUCAGUUGCAGAGAACAACGUCAAGCUCAUUCCUACUGGCGUCAACUACGUCAAACUCGAGAUGUUCCCGGAUGGAGGUAUCAGUCGUCUCCGAUUGCUCGGACACAAGAAGGACGCUGCUGCGCGACUGUAA